AUGUCCUUCUUUGAACAAGUCCUGUCUCACCCGGGCCUCGUGCUGCUCGGGUUCCUCGCGCUGGCGACGCUUGUGGUCGCAGGGUUCAGAAUCCGCACUGAAGUUUGUGUGCGUCGCCUGGGCGGCGUGCGCGCUCCCAUCAUCGCGAGUAAUCCAGUGACAGCAUUAUCCGUCUUUGUCAACCUUGGCCGGGCUCAGGCCAAGCACAAGCUGCCCGAACUGUUUACUUCACUGUGUAACAGUGCCACACCUGGCAAGGCGCGUUGCGUUGAGAUCACUUUCUUCGGCCGUCAUCGCUUUAUCUUGACUAAUGAACCGGAACAUAUCAAGACCAUCUUGACAUCCAAGUUUGUCGACUUUGGUAAGGGACCGGUCUUUCAUGAAGGCUGGGCCCCUUUCUUGGGCGACAGCAUCUUCACCACCGAUGGCAAGGUUUGGCAAGAUAACAGAAGUCUGAUUCGACCCAUGUUCGUCAGAGACCGAGUUCGGGACCUUGCCAUCUUCGAACGUUGGACAGAUAAAAUGGUCUCCAAACUUCCGGCUUCCGGCAUGACCGUCGAUGUCAUGGACCUCUUCUACCGCUUGACACUUGAUGUCACGACAGAUUUCUUGCUAGGAACCAGUGUAAACAGCCUUGACAACCACAAACACCACUUCGCUGAAGCCUUCAACGAAGUCCAACGCAUGCAGAUGAUUUAUACCAUCUUGUCACCUUUCCGCUCCCUUCUUCCCAAAGGCUCAUACAACGAGGGUAUCAAAACCAUCGAGCAAUUCAUCAUGCCCUUCAUCGAGCAGGCUCUCGCGCUCCCCAUCGAAGAACUUGACAAGAUUUCGCGCUCUGACAAGACCUUCACCUUCCUUCACGCCAUCGCCCGCGCAACUCGAGACCGCAAAAUCAUCCGGGACCAGCUGAUCGCCGUACUCCUGGCUGGCCGUGACACAACGGCAGCAACACUGUCAUGGACCAUCUACCAACUGGCGCGCGCUCCCAAAGUCGUCGCUAAGCUUCGAUCGGAGAUUCUGACAACCGUCGGGCCCUCGCAAUCGCCCUCGUACGAGAACCUCAAAAACAUGCCGUACUUAACACAUUGCCUUAACGAGACACUCCGCCUCUACCCAGCCGUUCCCUUCAAUGUCCGGACCGCUCUGCAAGACUCAUCACUACCUGGAGGGCCCGGCCAGCCCGACAUCAUCGUUCUGAAGGGCGAUGCAGUGACCUACAGCCCGUAUGUUAUGCAAAGGCGUCAUAACCUCUACCCGCCUGUGGGCCCGGACUUCGCGGACCCCCAAGUGUAUAGCCCCGAGAGGUGGCAGAAGUGGACGCCUCGACCAUGGCAAUACGUGCCUUUCAAUGGAGGCCCGAGAAUCUGCGUAGGACAAAAUUUUGCCAUGACAGAGAUGGCGUUCUGCCGUGAGUUCAGCCGCAGCUACUAUUCGCAACUGUUGAACUGCCAGCGCUAA